AUGUCAGAAGCUGAUAAAGAUCUCGAUGAACAACAAGUGGCCCAAGGCCGCGAAUCGGAGUCUGAAGAGAGAGUGGUUCGUAGUGACAACGAACCACUUCUGUUAACAAACAAAUUGACCAAUACUCCAGAGUCCUCGCCAUUUGCUCCUCCCGAACCUCUUGGUUCAUGGGCUGAGCAAAUGAGUUCACCGUCGGACUCGAUAAAAGAAACAGUCAUCCUUUUAACAGACAUAACAGAUACUACAACAUCUUCACACAGGAACAACAUCCUGAUGAAGAAGAUAACACACAGGCAAACCCGACCGUUGCCGAACGCGGCUGAAGAAUCCCAGCAAAGUGUUGAACCUAUGGACACUUCAGAGAUAGUACAUUCUGAUAAUCCAUUGGAGCUGUCAGACGAGCCAGAUAGUUGGCUACCAGUAGGUACCAACUCUCCUCAGCAAGAACGUGCAAUCAAAACUACAGCUAAAAGCAGGAAUGAUUGCAGCGUCACAAAAAAAAGAAAGGAAAGCCGUCCAAAAAAAGAUAUUGCAAAGAAAAGAAACAUCCGCAUGAAUGCGGUGCUCACAUUUCUUCAAGAGCUCCAUAGCGAAACGACGAGCUCAGACACAGGUGGCCCCUUAAAACCUAAUACAAGUGCCACUUCUCUAAUACAGUGUCCACAGGUGACCAACUAUAGUACAACAGAAGUGCCAUACACAGUCGAGGAGCUGACCGCUCAUCCACUCCGAAAAGUAUUCGACUAUAUUACAACGAAUAAUACAUUACGCGACCAAAUUCAUUACCAAACGGCCGCAAAAGUAGUCCACUUACUACAAACACUUCUUGAAGUUAUUGAAAAUAGCACAAGAUCCUUUCACAGUCUUUCAGUUUUCCUUUCCAAUCGGCAUCCUUUAGACUGCCAAUACACCCACCUCAUGAGCUGGAUACAAGAGCUCACCCACUGCAUAACAGCUGUCACAGUCAACAAGGAUCAACUUCAAGAAAACCACGCUAAGAUCGUUCAAUGUUACGCAGCCAAUGGCGGUAGAAAUACUACAACAUGCAUCAGCUAUUACAGCGCAUGCGACUCGCAUGAUACGCAUUCUGGAAACUACCAGGUAAUCCACAUAGUGAGUCCAAAGCGCAUAAGUACAAAUGCCAUGAACAAGCAAUAUGGCUUGAAUAUGGCAACAGGCACAUCACAGACGUGGUCAGAAUACCCUAGUUCAUAUAUGAGCACGCUCAGCUGGUGGCGAGAUCACUACUCAGAAGCACUUAUGGGUGGAAUAACAGAAAACUGCCCCCUCACAAUCCCACAGCUGAGCCGUGACAACCACCCGGCUCGAGAAAAAGAAAAUAUUGCGAUCAUACUCCAGUUAAGGUAUGUAUGUAGUAUAAAGCGACAUUACGGUACCUGCAUACGAAAAGAUCCUUGCAGUCAGUGCCGGGAGGAAGGCUACCAUAGGGUCUUUUGUGUCAAAAACCCCCGGGUGGAGCCGGACAUAUGCAUGAAAGCUUCGGAGUUUUAUCCUAUACUACAAGUCCAAACUUACCGGCCUCCUCCUCCAGGAGCCCGAAUCCGCCCGAAGCACAUCCAGUCUUUACGCAAACGCGCGAAAGGUGCAAAGAAAUCCCAAAAGGCACAGCUAAACAGUACCUCACUUUGUGAACCCAUUCAAUUCGUUGACGGACCUUUAUGGCCAAUCGUCGAUUCUACAACGAAGCAGUUCACAAGUUUUAUUCCUAACUAG